GUCGGCGUUGGCGCCACAGCCACCGUCGUUGCACUCUCGCCUCGCUGACGACGAGACGAGGUUGACCCAGAGCGCGAGUGGGCGGGUGUGUGUGUGCGCGCGCGCGCAGCGCGAGCCAUCGAGUUUGUGACCGUCCCGUCUCCGACGCUCUGUCAAGAGCGGGGGCUGCGUGCACCACGUGACCGAGACGAGCGUUCUCUCCGUUGUUGAUUCUUCGCCUGGGGACUCGUUCCUUCAUCGGGAAGACAGAGGAAGUUUCCCGAACGUGCGUUUGGAGUUCGUUCUUUCCGAGUCCCGCUCAGCCAUUUCGAGGUGACGCACAGACCAAAUGAGCGCUCUGGUAACAUCGGAGAAGUUCUGCUUUCGCCUCAAGUAUCUCUAUCUUGGAACAAACUGCGAUGACUAGGAGUCUCGUGUGACAAGAAAAAAAGAGCUUCCACCUCGUAAAACUUGAUAAAUGCACAGUGCGCGCGUCGUCAAUCGGCAGGCACUCAAGUUGUUUGCCUCAGUCGGCGCGGGUGUGUAAACAAAACGUCCGUACACACGCGCCGAGGACACUUUCAGACUCGGACAAAAAUACCCAGAAGCAAGUUUUCAUAUCCUGCAUUUUGUGUCUUAGUUUCGUAUAUACAACGAUCGAGAUGCUUUCAGGCUCGGUAUUCUCCUGAGCGAGUCUGGCGACGGCAUAAACGUUCCAGCGCGCAAAGCGAGCUGAGGCGCUCUGUAUUUAGGGCCUUCAGACAGGGGAAAUACACUAGCAUAGCAAGAAAAGUAUCAGAAAAAAUAGAGGGAGGGUUCCUUAUAGGAGUCAUAUGGAAGCUGCUGAUACUAGCGCGUAAUCAUAAAAUAUACGACAAGUAAAGACGAGCGGAACUUUACUGCCGGACGGGCACCUUCUGAUCGUGUCUUCCAAUAUAGCGCUAACGAGAAAGCAUGGCAGUGACAUAGCCCUUAAUACGAGACAACAAGUAAACGAAAGCUGUUCGACGUCCUUGUACUGAAGCGGGACGGCAAGAAAAAACGGAGAGCCAUCCGAAACAACGCCGAGGAGAAAAGAGACGGCUGGAAAGAGCGGAAGUUUUAGGAGUAUUGGCUCUUAACGAGACGACACCCGAAUUCGCGAAGGGAAGGAAGGAGGACAAGAAGGAUAAAAAGAAAGGCAGAGAAGUUAACCAAGGCUGAGCCCGGUGGGCUACCCUACAAGAAAAAAAGGACAGUGACACAAGCGACGACAUACCGGCGCCAACUGAGCCCGCAGGCGACCGUUCAGCUGAGCGAAAGACACGAUUUCCGCAUUACCACCACCUGACUCUUGGUCUCCCAUCGGCGUGGUCAGAGUUGGCGGCGGCAAAUCGCGACGCGUCGUAAAAGCGGAUCGCUCUAGAGAAGCGGCCGCAGGGAACGAUGAGUGGCUCCGAUUCGGGCGGCGGUUGCCCGCUGAUGGGCGGUCCGAAGUCAAGCGCGGGUCCCAGCGCGGCGCCUAAACUCAUGGCACCCGCUCUCCUGGUAGUUCCGGACUCGUCGCCACUGACGCGUCGCCGAUGGAGCUCGGGGGGCGUUAUCAGCCCUCGAAGCCCGGUGACGCCGAGGGAGUUUCGCGGUGGCGGUGGACUCUCGCCCGACCUGCUGUCGGCCGACCGACCGGAGACGCCCGAAGGCGAGAGGCUGGACCUGAGAGCCAUCGGAGCGGCUGUGUCGGCGCUGCUGGCUCCGAACCCGUCAGCAGUGGUCAAGGCACUCCGUCAAGUGGUGUCCGAUAAGGAUCCUGCCUUGUGGGAUGAACUUGUGCGGGCAAUGGACGACGGGCUCAACGCCCGCGAGGCGUCGCUACUGCACGACGAGCUGCGGGACGACGACAGCGUGAGUGGGGUCGAAGAUGGUGACGCCCAGAUACAGUUCCUGCUCCGCCUGGCGCAAGAGGUGGCCACCAUUACAGGCCUGGCCCUGGACGCCGUCCUGGAGAGCGCCGGCGAGGCGCACGCUUCCUCCACCCUGGACUGGCACGGCAACGCGCUGCGCUUCCUGGGAGGCUCGCUGGCCGACUUCCUCGUCAACCUCGAGUCGCUGCACGUGGUCCUCGAGCGCGCACACCUGCCCCUGCGGGGCGGCCGCCUCAGCGGAGUGCGCGAGGAACACGGCCGCCUCGUGCUCCAGUGCGCGUCCAGAGGCGAGCCGCUGCUCAGGCUGCUGGCGGGCACGCUGCGCCGGCUCGCCUCGCAGCUGUUCCAGCUCAGCGUGCGCGUCAGCGUCGCCGGCUCCAAGGGGCAGCAGGCUACGCUCGUACUUCAGCCGGAGGGGAGCCCGGCGCUGACGCUGUCCGCGCCGGCCGGUGGCGUGGCGGCUGCGCCCGUGGCCAGCGCAAACCCGGAGGACCUGGCCGUGUCGGUGGCGACCUUCUGCCGCGCGUUCCCUUUCCACUUCAUGUGCGACCGGCAGCUGAAGCUUACGCAGCUCGGCAUGGGGCUGGCGCGUAUAUUCGGCGGCCGCGGCCGGGCCAGCACGCUGCCGGCGCUGUUCACGUUCGUCGAGCCCCGGAUAGAGAUGCGCUUCGACCACGUCGUGGCAAACAUUAACCUGCCAUUCCUGCUGCAGGUGCGCGAUGACGCCAUCAAACACGAAAGGUACAAGGGCAUGGAGAUCAAGGGCCAGAUGGUCCACUGUCCGGAGUCCCGCGCACUGCUGUUCCUGGGCUCGCCCGUGGUGGACGGCGGCCUGUCGGCCAUGCUGCGCCGCGGCCUCUACAUUUCGGACGUGCCGGUUCAUGACGCCACGCGCGACAUUCUCCUCGUGGAGGAGCAGAGUCGCGCUCAGGACGGCCUCAAGCGGCGCAUGGACAAGAUACGCGCCUCCAUCCAGGAAGCUAACCUGGCUGUCGAGGAGGAGCGACAGAAGAACGUCGACCUUCUGCACCUCAUCUUUCCGCCAAGGGUGGCGCGGAAACUGUGGCUCGGAGAAUCAGUGGAGGCGCAGCAGCAUGACCAAGUGACGCUGCUGUUCUCAGACAUCGUGGGUUUCACGGCCAUCUGCUCGACGGCCACCCCUAUGAUGGUCAUCAACAUGCUCAACGCCCUCUACACGCAGUUUGACCAGUUCUGUGGAGAGCUCGACGUCUACAAGAUCGAGACUGUCGGUGACGCAUACUGCGUGGCCAGUGGCCUGCGCAAGCAAGUGCACACGCACGCGCAACAAGCCGCCUGGAUGGCGCUCAAGAUGAUGGCGGCCGCCGGCCAGGUCCACUCGCACGACGGCAAGCCAAUACAGAUGCGCAUCGGCCUGCACACGGGCCUUGUGCUGGCGGGCGUGGUGGGCGUCAAGAUGCCCCGCUACUGCCUCAUCGGCAACGACGUCUCCCUCGCCAACAAGUUCGAGUCCGGCAGCAUCGCCAUGCACAUCAACGUCAGCCCCACCACGCACAGAUUACUGGUUCACACCGAGGGUUUUCGAUUCGAAGCCCGACCCCGCGAGUACCUGCCGGACGGCUUCCCGGAGCACAUCAAGGGAACGUGCCACUUCCUCAAGGGAUUCUUCCAUCCCAAACUGGACCCGGCCGAGCCGCUUGACGUGCAUAUACGCAAGGCGCAGCGUGAGCUGCGAAUGGACGCCUCACAAACGUGGCUCGCCUGAAUGUGUGACACAUAGGACGCGAAAUGAAUUGUCGAUGGCCUUUCGAUGAGCACCGCUGAAGGUGGGCGUGCCUGAGAUGUGCGCGUGGGCUGUGCAGGCCGGGAACAUUCCAAGCGUCGGAGGUCAAGACCACGGAGUACCGAAAAAAUUGGAGCGUCAACGCUCAAUGAGACUUGCUCAAAGUGCGGUGUCGUGGGGACGUCACUUCGGUGACAACGGGUGUUGUGUUGAACUCUAAAGCAUCUUUAAACACGCGUUGGGGAUCGUGCAUGUACAGGAGUUUCUCGAAUCUCCAUGGAUUGCAGAGCCAGGCUCGAUCUAAAUUGAAACCUGGAAUAGAUUCAUGUACAGUAUAUGUACGUCGCGACGUAGUUCUUUCUAGAGUGUCAUUGCGUCGAUUACUGCAGGGUAAUACGCUUAAGGUUUCUGGAUUUCCUGCCUAGCGAACCACUAAUUUUUCGCUGCAACGCGCGCGAACUGUCGGCAACACGUUGGGGCUACUGUCACUUACGUACUGCCUCAGAGCUCUGAAAGCAAUUCAUCGGUACGUUGUGGAGCGGAACUGUCUCACAUAUUGUUCUUGCGUAGGCUUGACAGAUGACGCCAAGAAAAUGUGACAACGCGGAACGACAGCAGGUGACAUUAGCUCAAUUUCGUUUGUCCAGUGUGUCGUUUAUCUGCAGUAGAGCCUACGUCAUUGCCAGAGAAGGCUGCCUAACGAGCUUUAUUAAGAUAAAUGGUGAGGUAGUGCUUUGUGUGCAGCGUUACGUGUUCUGAGGGGCUUAACCGGUGAUGCAAGGCCCUGCGAUAUAUCACGCGGUGGUGGUUCAUCGCAGCUCGAAGAGAAAUAAAUGCGAAAACAAAUUGCGUACGCGAGUACGCAAGUAGCCAUUUGGCAGAAAAAAAAAAGUCAUUUGCGAGUCCUCAUCAACUCGCCACAUUUAUGAAAUGAAACAGUGCCACUGGGUGAGUCCAAGGAAAUUCUAUAUGUUCGCCACAUUUCUCUACACAUAGAUAAUUUUAUCCAGUAAGCGAUGAUGUUUGUUUUCAACAUCUGUCGCUUCGUUCUAGUCAGUCACUGAAGCCGAAGGGAGAGGGGGAAGAGGGGAAGGGGAGUUUCCACAAUAAUGUUAAAGGAGGUCCAUGCUGCGAAUAGACUCCUGAAAGUGACACAUACCGCGUGUCAUAAUGUUUGUUCAUCAGUGUAGGCUAAGCAUAUGGCUCGGCACGACCUUGUUUUGACAAUUGUCUAAACGAAAAGAUCAUUCACUAAUUCAGUUUUUACAGAAUACUGCUACUUAGUAUUACGUCAUCGAUUAGCUUAUCGCUGUUUCCAUGAGAUGUUCACUGUUGUUGUCGUGGUAAUUGCAGGUGGGCAGUGUUGCAAUUAGAAAUUAGAAAUGAUCAGCACUUGUUUGGUGGACGUUGCACACGGAAGCAAGUUUGUUUUAGCAUGUCGGUUGUGAUGUUAACGGUGUAGUUUACAAUGCCGAAUAUUGUUCAAGUAAUUCACAGGGUUUCCCCAGUGUGAUUCUAGAGAAGUCUGUUUGUGAGUGUUUCCUACCAUGGUAACCACCAGUUUUAUUGUUUUAAAAAGUCUGACUAUGUUUAUUCACUGCACAACUUUAAUACUUGACGCUUUACGCGACCAUAAAUGCAGGCUGGUGCCGAACAGCGCCUUCACGUCUUAUCUUACUUGCUUGAAUCCUUUUGCGAGCAUCUAGACUUUUACAGCGAAAGCUGUUAUGAGAUCACAACAAGGGCUGUUUUUGGCGCCGUAGUUGUCCGCCGCCGCCGCCGCC